GGCGAGAGCGAGAGCGAGAACCAGAAUGAGAACCAGAGCGUGGCUGAGGAGGAGGCCGAGAACUACCCCGAGUCUGAGAACACGUCCCAGCAUGAGGACGACGAGGAUGUUUCAAAUAUGAAAGUAGUCAGAGAAGUAGAAUAUGGGAUGUGCACCGUUACAUGUGGUGUUGGUAUUAGAGAAGUUAUAUUAACAAAGGGAUGCCCUGGAAGUGAAUCCAAGUGCGUUGUACGGGUAGAAGAAUGCCGUGGACCUGUAGACUGUGGCUGGGGUAAACCAAUAUCAGAAAGUCUUGAUAGUGUUAGACUAGAAUGUGUUCAUACACCUCCUGAAAAUCGUUUCAAAUAUGUUUGGAAACAUAUAAGGCCAGAGCAACAACCCAUCAUACUUCCAAAUGAUUCAGCAGUCCUGGAAGUACACAGGCAAAUUCACCCCUCAGCUUUCGAGUGUGAUACCUUGGAUAAUAAUGAAAUAGUAGCUUCUGUUAGAUUUACAGUCUAUACAUCAAAUGAAUUGCAGAUGCAAAGAUCGAGACGACCAGACACUGAUGCAGUCCUAGUUUUUGUGCUGACCAUUGGAGUUGUUAUGUGUAUAUUUGUGAUCUUUGUACUGAUCUUCAUAAUUAUAAACUGGGCGGCAGUAAAGACUUUCUGGGAGGCAAAAGUCUCAGCAACUGAGGUACAUUCUGAGCUGACUUCCGUGAAACACAGACAGUCAUCUUCUUUUCAACAGUCAACAGUAGAACCACAUAGACGUGAAGAUGAUGCUGCAAGUGAAUGGAAUGAGUGACGUAUAACAAGCCAAAGGAGAG